CGGCCAGAGAACGCGUUCAUUCUCUUCAGACGAAAGAAAUGCGAGGAGCGCCAGGCCGCUCAGGAGGACGACGACGGUGCGUCCGGUCCGGUCAAGAAGCAGCGCCAGGCGGACCUCUCGAAGACGAUCUCCCAGCAGUGGAAGAGCCUCCCGCCCGAGGAGAGGCAGUACUGGGAGGAUCUGGCGAAGGAGAAGAAGAAGGAGCACGAAGCGAUGUACCCCAACUACGUCUACCGCCCC